ACCUGUUUUUGCGUACCAAGAAGGUGGACGUCAGACACGAAAGGGAAGUGAGCACCAGGUGCGCGAGAUGUGGAAUGCUUUUUUGGAGCAGCAGGAAGCGCGCCGGCCAAAAACCUGCCCGGACAAACGAGCACCGCCGGAGGCCGGCCGGCAAGACCAGGCCUGGGCUAGACGCGUCCUAAUCCUAAAAUAAUGGAGAAUAGGAGGACGGGAUUACAGGGGAUCCAAAGCUGUAGCUGCUAAAUUAUGCCCAUUUGGCAUAUCCUGCGCGCCUUCGAUUUGCUUGGUUCAUUAGCUUCAGAUUCAGGUUAAAACCCAUAUCAUUCCGUGGUGCCAAUAACACGUAGACGAAGGUCCUGACACUGCCAUGGCCCUCCACCGCCUGAGCACCACUGAGGCGUGCUCACACUACAUCGAUAGGGUCCUCUUUCCAGUCCAAUCCAUGGAGAAAGACAGGAAGGACAGCGGCCCCCCGCCGGUGUCGUGGGUGGAGAGUUCACUUGAGGCGGCGCGCCCGUACGCGAUGCUCGCUCGUCUGGACAAGCCCAUCGGCACCUGGCUCUUCGCUUGGCCCUGCAUGUGGUCAAUAACAAUCGCGGCAAUGCCGGGGGAGCUCCCUGACUUGAAAAUGCUCGCACUCUUCGGAUGUUUAGCUAUCCCCAUGAGGGGAGCUGGUUGCACAGUCAAUGAUCUUCUCGACCGCGACAUUGAUAAGAAGGUUGAGCGCACCAAAAUCAGGCCUCUUGCAUCAGGCGUUCUAACUCCUUCUCAAGGAUUGUGCUUCCUCGGAUAUCAGCUACUACUUGUAUUGGGUUUUGUUCUCCAACUGAACAACUUUAGCCGUGUUCUCUGGCUAUCUUGGCUUCCAUUGGUGUUUUCAUAUCCCUUGAUGAAGAGGUUCACAUUUUGGCCUCAGGCAUAUCUCGGCUUCACAUUCAACUGGGGAGCUUUGUUAGGAUGGGCUGCUAUCAAAAAUAGUUUAGAGCCCACUGUCAUCCUUCCAUUGUACAUUGCUGGGAUAUGUUGGACAUUGGUGUACGAUACCAUAUAUGCACACCAGGACAAACAAGAUGACCUCAAACUAGGAGUUAAAUCCACAGCCUUAUGGUUUGGAGAUUCAACCAAGCACUGGAUUAGCGCCUUUGGUACUGCAUUGAUUGGCGGCUUAGCACUUAGUGGCUAUAAUGCUGAACUUGCUUGGCCAUACUACUAUUUUCUGGCAGCUGCAGCCGCACAGUUGUCAUGGCAGAUUUCAACUGUUAACUUAUCUAACCGCGCAGAUUGCAACAUGAAAUUUGUCUCAAAUAAGUGGUUCGGAGCCUUGGUAUUUAGUGGGAUAGUUUUCGGUCGACUUGCAUCAUUAUCAAUACAUCAGGCGUGA